CUUACAUUUUACUAUAUGGUUGCAGGUCUGAACAUCGACUCUACUAGAGUUUCAAAGCAUAACGAGGGGCUUCACAUGCCAAGAGGUAUGAAGGUCAAGGAGAAGACUGUACGAGGAUCAGCGAGACCCGUUGGUGGCUUGGAGAAAGCAAAAACAACGAAGAAAAAGAAGAUAGAUGAUUCUUUACAACUACAACCUGAAAUGCCUUUCACAAAUCAAAUGCCUACGUAUAACCCAAUCUUAAUGGGUCAAUUCAGAGAAAAUAUUGUACCAGGAUCAGCAAGACCCGUUGAUGGCUUGGAGAAAGCAAAAACAAAGAAGAAAAAGAAGACAGUCAAUUCUUUACAAGAAGGACCUGAAAUGCCUUUGACAAACCAAAUGCCUGGGUAUUUACCACAGUACAAUCCAAGCCAAAUGGUUCAACUGGGAGCUCCGCCAAGUCAUGCUUACCCCUAUUUAGCACAUUACAACUCAAGUCUGCAACAAUCCAUUGGUCUGUCGACCCCUACGAUGAUGCCAGGACAAAAUAUAUUAUUCUUCCAACAACAGACUCCUACCAGUGGUACCUCUACCCCUAGGAUAAUGGCAGGACAGAAUUUACCAUUCUUCCAACAACAGAAUCCUACCAUUGGUACCUGUAGCCCUAUGAUGAUGCCAGGACAAAAUCUAUCAUUCUUUCAACAGCAGACUCCUACCAGUGGUACUUCUACCCCUAUGAUGAUGCCCGGACAGAAUCUGUCAUUUCUCCAGCAACAAAAUCCUACCGUUGGUACCUCAACCCCGACGAUGAUCCCAGGACAAAAUCUACCAUUCUCCCAACAACAAAAGCCAGCUUAAUCAAUGUUAUAGAUUUUUAUUUCAUGUACUUCUGUGCAAUUCUAUUAGAACCUAUGAGUAUACGACCAUGGAUUGAAGGAGACUACCUAUAUCAAUCAGCAAUUAACUGAAUAAGCAAUUUGUGACUGUGAUAAAUAUAAAAA